AGCGGAAUAUCUAUACACACCAGUGGCUUAUAAACAAAAACAAAACCCUCAUUGCUACGUAAACGAUCGCACCUUAUAUUCUCCAUCGUCCGUCUCCACUCAGAAUUUCCUCUAUCCUCUCUCUACAUGGCCUGACCCUCCACGUGUACGGCGGCGGAACCAGGCGAUACAUACUCCUUCAAACAGAUGGCGGCGAUGCGCUCCGACACCUCCGCCCUGGAAGACGGCCAGAGCUCGCGCACAGGAUCUGAAGUCAGCGGCGGUGGUAGGGGAUUCAUGCUGUUUGGAGUGAGAGUUUUGACGGAAGGAUCGUUCAGGAAGAGUGUGAGCAUGAACAAUUUGGCUCAGUACGACCAGCUGCCGCAGGAUUCCAGCCACGAUGUCGCCGCCGGCUAUGCUUCCGACGACGUCGUUCACCCCUCCGGCAGGAGCCGCGAGCGGAAAAGAGGGGUUCCGUGGAGUGAGGAGGAGCACAGGCUAUUUCUAUUGGGGCUGCAGAAGGUUGGGAAAGGAGAUUGGAGAGGGAUUUCCAGAAAUUAUGUGAAAACCAGAACGCCUACUCAAGUCGCAAGCCAUGCGCAGAAGUACUUCCUCCGCCGCAACAACCACAACAGGCGGCGCCGGAGAUCCAGCCUCUUUGACAUUACUACUGAUGCGGUUGUGGGCUCUGCCAUUGAUGAUGACCAAAUGUAUCAAGAAAAUUCAGCUCAGCCUCCACCACCAACACAGCAAACCAAGAAUCUUGAGAAAAUUCCCCUGCCAAAAUUUGGCAUGGCUAUCACACCUUUAGUGGUGCCAAUCACAACCGAAACUCCAAUGGACAAACUCUCACUUGGUCAAGUCAAUCAGCUCACCAAUUCACCAAAGCCCAUUAGGCCAAUUCCCAUUUUACCAGUCCCCCCAUCAUCGAAAAUGGCCGGCCUCAAUCUAAACAAGACAACGACAGCGGCCGCGAAUCAGCCUCUGUCACUAAACCUGUCCAUGUCAUCACAGGCGCCUCCGGCCAGUCAAGAGCGACACGCGUCCGCCUUCCAAGCAAUGCCAGCUGCUGGCUUUAAUGGGAGUGGUGGAGAUAGCAUGAUAAGUGUUGCUUGAUGGGAACCUAUCUAUGGUUGUGGUGGUGAUGUAUGUGCUGUAAAGUGGGGGUUUAAUCUGCUUUCUACCAUCCAAGAGAAGACAAGAUAUCCAAAGUUGGAAUAGUAGAUUGUUAGAUUAUUUAAUCUGGUGGAUAUAUAUAUAUAAUUAUAUCUUAUUGUACAGGGUUAGGGAGAUAAAUUAUGAAAGUAGAGGUCGUUUUCAGUAGUUGGGGAGGGGAGGGGGUUGUUUAUGUUAUUGUGUUGUUGUCUGUAGUUAAAAUACUUAUUGAAUGUUUGUGGGGGUUGGUUUAUUUAAGGUUUUAUCAGCCUGUUUCCUAUGUGUUUUCGGCGUUUUCUCUGAAAACAAAAUUAUUAAGUUUCUAUCAAAGUUAGGGGCGGGGCCACUUGCUUUUGUCA